AUGAUUCUCGCCCCCAUCAGUGAAACGCAUGGGCGAUACUGGACCUUUGUUGGCUCAGGUAUCGUCUUCUUCCUCGGGACUCUGGGAUGCGCUGUGACGGAAAGCUACGCCGGCAUGAUGGUCUCUCGUCUGAUCACGGGAAACGGGGCUGCAGUGUUUUCUACCCUCACCGGCGGUGUUAUGAGUGACCUCUAUCGCAAGGAGGACCGCAAUACGCCGAUGGCUUUGUACUCCAUGACAAUCAUGGUUGGUGCCAGUCUCGGACCACUCAUCAGCGGAACCGUCGUGGACCUUCUCGGCUGGCGGUGGGUCUUCUUUAUUCAAGCCAUCGCCAUUGGGAUAACGACAACAACAUUAUUCUUCCUUUUUGAAGAGACUAGGAGCAACGUCCUGUUACGCCGAAAGUGCUUCGUCCUGAAUGCGGUCCCCAUCAAAACAUCAGCAGGGAAGCUAAUCAUAUUUGGGCCUGCAAUAGAAGAACGUCUCGACAUUGAAGCCAGUAUUAUCUGGCGAAGCUUUGCUUUCCCACUGCGUCUUCUUUUGAAAGAGCCUAUUGUGUUCUGUAUGUCGUUGUGGGUCUCCUUUGCUUGGGCGAUCAUGUACAUGCAAUUCAGCAGUAUUGGACUGGUGUUUCGUAGCGUAUAUGGCUUCGACAACGCUGCGGUUGGGGCAGUUUAUACUGCUACUAUUGUUGGCUCGGUCCUUGGCAUCGGAAUCUCAUUAAUGCAGGAACCGAUCAUGAAACGAAUGCUGCCUCACAAAAAGUCUUUGUCUACACCAGAACAACGUCUGCUCUCGCCUUGCAUUCAGUCCGUUCUCUUACCAAUAGGCCUCUUCUGGUUCUUCAUGACAGCCAGACCAGAUAUUUCGUGGAUAUCUCCAUGCAUAGCCCUUGGAUCGUGUUCAAUGGGGAUCUUCAGUAUCUAUCUUGCCGUGGUCAAUUAUCUCGCUGACACAUAUCAUGGAUAUGCCUCAUCGGCGUUAGCAGCUCAGAGUCUGUGUAGAAACAUCUUAGGCGGAGUCUUCCCACUCGUCACGGCUAGAAUGAUAAGUAGUUUGACACUGCAAGGGACUGGUGGCCUACUUGGUGGCCUUGGGCUGUUAUUGACCGGUAUUCCAUGGCUGCUUUACUUCUGCGGGCAAAGGAUUAGAGCUCACAGUCCGUUAGCGAAAGGAAUGAAGUGA